CCGCAGGCGGAGGAGAUGCCGGCACCGGUGGCGGCGGCGGCUGCCCGUCUUGGCCCGCCGCCCCCGUACCUGAGGACGCACGGGGGCAAAGUGGCGAGGCUGCACAUGCUCGACUGGAUCGUGCUGGUCCUCCUCGGCGCCGUCGACGUCGGGCUCAACCUCAUCGAGCCCUUCCACCGGUUCGUCGGCAAGGACAUGCUCGACUCCCUCCUCUACCCGCUCAAGGACAACACCGUGCCCGUCUGGGCCGUCCCGAUACUGGCGGUCCUCGUGCCGAUGCUCAUCUUCGCCGGGAUCUAUGUGAAGAGGAGGAAUACCUACGACCUGCAUCACGCCAUACUAGGUUUAAUGUUCUCCGUGCUGAUCACUGGCGUCCUCACGGACGCGAUCAAGGACGGCGUUGGCCGGCCUCGCCCAAAUUUCUACUGGCGGUGCUUUCCUAACGGAGUGCCAAAUUACAACAACAUCACCGGACAAGUUAUAUGCCACGGAGAUGCCGGCGUCAUCAAAGAAGGGCACAAGAGCUUCCCAAGUGGCCACACUUCAUGGUCCUUCGCGGGGCUAGGCUUCCUGUCAUGGUACCUUGCCGGCAAGAUCAGGGUAUUCGACCAGCGUGGCCACAUCGCCAAGCUCUGCAUCGUCAUCAUGCCACUGCUGCUCGCAGCGAUGGUCGGCGUGUCGCGGGUUGACGACUACUGGCACCACUGGCAGGACGUGUUCGCUGGUGGAAUUCUCGGUUUGGUGGUUUCUUCGUUUUGCUACCUGCAGUUCUUCCCGUCUCCCUCUGGUGAACAUGGACACUGGCCUCAUGCAUACCAUCACCUCAUUCUUAACCCAGAAGUCGAGAACCAGGUACAGCCAACAGAUCGCCAUCAACCACUUCCGCGUGACUUGUCCAUAGUCCCUUUUGCUGUGGGCAUGGAGAUGAGAACCUCUGCCCGAGCAUUAGAUUCCAUGGAGGCAGGCAGCAGAACUCGGUAACUACUACUACCAUAGUUAUGGGGCAGAUGGGCAUGUUUUUGCACAAUUGUCUUUCUCAGUAGUUAGGUAGUAAGCUUCGUCUGUAUAUGCUUCUUGUAAGAUAACUGAAAAUUGCACGAUUUGAUCCA